GGAUCGUAUAUUUGAAGUAGAAAUUUGAACACGAUCCCAGGCUACAGAGGUUGCAGUGGAUGAGAAGUUUAAAAGCUUUGGUUCAAGAUCGCAGGAGGCUGCGAGGAAAGUUAAAGCCAUGGAAAUGAGGAUCCAGUGAGAGGCGGCUGUUUUGCCUCAGAAUACAGAAGAUUGUAAAGCAUUGAGAAAUCGAAUUCAUGACCCUGGAAAUCAAGCUCAGAUUAAGAAAUGGCAGGCAUUCGACCCCCGAUCAUGAACGGGCCCAUGCACCCGCGCCCUUUGGUAGCAUUGCUGGAUGGCAGGGAUUGUACAGUAGAAAUGCCUAUUCUGAAGGAUGUAGCCACAGUGGCAUUUUGUGAUGCUCAGUCUACACAAGAAAUUCAUGAAAAGGUACUAAAUGAAGCAGUGGGUGCACUGAUGUAUCACACUAUCACUUUAACACGAGAAGACCUGGAGAAAUUUAAAGCACUUCGAAUAAUUGUCCGAAUUGGCAGCGGUUUUGAUAAUAUUGACAUCAAAUCUGCUGGAGAUUUAGGGAUUGCAGUGUGUAACGUGCCAGCCGCCUCAGUAGAAGAAACGGCGGAUUCUACGAUGUGCCACAUCCUGAACCUGUACAGGAGAACCACCUGGCUUCACCAGGCCUUGCGGGAAGGCACGAGGGUACAGAGCGUGGAGCAGAUCCGGGAAGUGGCGUCUGGAGCCGCCAGGAUCCGAGGGGAAACCUUGGGCAUUAUUGGAUUAGGGCGUGUUGGGCAAGCAGUAGCGCUACGUGCCAAAGCCUUUGGCUUCAGUGUCAUUUUCUACGACCCGUACCUCUCCGACGGCAUGGAGCGGGCCCUCGGGCUGCAGCGGGUGAGCACUUUGCAGGACCUGCUCUUCCACAGUGACUGUGUUACCCUGCACUGCAACUUGAACGAGCACAAUCAUCAUCUUAUUAACGACUUCACCAUCAAGCAGAUGAGACAAGGGGCUUUCCUGGUCAACACAGCUCGAGGUGGGUUAGUAGACGAAAAAGCACUUGCACAGGCCCUGAAGGAAGGAAGGAUACGAGGGGCAGCCUUAGAUGUACAUGAGUCAGAACCAUUCAGCUUUAGUCAGGGCCCCUUGAAGGAUGCCCCAAACCUGAUCUGUACCCCACAUGCAGCCUGGUACAGUGAGCAAGCCUCGAUUGAGAUGCGGGAGGAAGCAGCGCGGGAGAUCCGGAGGGCGAUCACAGGUCGUAUUCCAGACAGUCUGAAAAACUGUGUUAACAAAGAUCAUUUGACUGCAGCUACGCAUUGGGCCAGCAUGGAUCCCGGGGUGGUUCAUCCAGAGCUUAACGGUGCUGCAUACAGCAGGUAUCCCCCCGGCGUGGUCAGCGUGGCGCCCACCGGCCUGCCGGCCGCCGUCGAAGGAAUCGUCCCCAACCCCAUGUCUUUAUCCCACGGCCUCCCCGCUGUCGCCCACCCGCCCCACGCUCCUUCCCCCGGCCAAACUGUCAAACCAGAAGCCGAUAGAGACCACCCGAGCGACCAAUUGUAGCCCAAGAAAACAGCAUUCCCAGCAGUGCGGAGGUGUCAACUUCAGCGUGUGGAAAACAAAGCAAAACCCUGGAUUUUGAUCAAAGGCAAAACCAUGAACUUACGGGAGGAGACGACUAUUGCUUUAGAAACUGGUCCAAUAUACAGUAUGAAAGGAAAAGGUGGGAGACAAAAAGAAGAUUUGGAAACAUUUUUUCCUCCAUAUAAAUUGUAGUUUGUCCCUGUCCAGUGGACUGAUUUCACUGUUUCUGUGUCCUAUGGGUUCUUUGUUAAGCAAGAGAAGUUAGUAGUUAAUUAUAUCAUGAAUGUACUUGUCUGUGUACAGUUUUUAGAACAUUAAAAAGGGUUUGUUUGCUUAGCUGUCAACAAGGAAAAACAUAAGGGAGGCAUUCAGCAAACCAAUUUUGAGAUUAAAAAUCCUUUCUUUUAUAUUUUAAAACAUGCCCCAAAAUGAGGCAGUUGGCAGACUUCUCAGGACAAUGAAUUUUUCCCAUUUUUCUUUCUACGCCACACAGUGCAUUGUUUUUUCUACCUGCUUGUCUUAUUUUUUAGAAUAAUUUAGUAAACAAAAGAAAAGAACAGUUUCUCCUGAUUUUGGCAUGAAUUCCCUUAUUUCAAAAUGAAGACAACCUUGCAAAGAGAUUUUGAGGAAAAAAAAAAAAGGUUUUGUAUAAACGAGCAUUGUGCUUUUUGUCACCAGUUAAAGUAUAUAUUAUUGGUGGUAUGCGAAAAAGGCACUAGACUACUGAAAAGUAGCAGCAUUUCAUUGCCUACAUUGAUUCCUUCCUGGUAAUGUGGUAGGCUAGCAAUAUUUUUGGUUAAAAUCAUGUUUGUGACUGUAACCAUUUGUA